GGAAAUCUCCGCCACGUAAGGAAAGGAUGUUUAGGAUGUCUGAAAAACAACCUUCGUCGGAACCUAAGCAAAAACACAGGAGGGGAAAUCCGCAGGUUUCUUCAACACAGAAUCGUGGUUCCUGGAAAUCUCCGCCACGUAAGGAAAGGAUGUUUAGGAUGUCUGAAAAACAACCUUCGUCGGAACCUAAGCAAAAACAUAGGAGGGGAAAUCCGCAGGUUUCUUCAACACAGAUGGAAAUGGAAACAUGCAAGUUGGAACUUCCUGCUCAGAACAAUCUUUCAAAAUUUGAAAGUUGGUACAGGACAUCAACAAUGUCAACUGGAGAGGCUAGUAGCAGCUGUGGCAUGCUCACGAGAGCAAACAUGAAGCAGAAGCAUGGUUCUGGGAGGUCUCCGCCGCCUCCUGAACGAGUGAUGUUUGGGAAGCAAAAGCAAAAGGAGGUCCAGGAGACACACCCAAUAAAGAAGAAAUCCUAAUCUUUGACGAAUUAUAGGUGGAAAAAGGAUUCACCUUUCCACGAAAGAAGAUUAAGAUAGACUGCCUGGGAUUUUUGUCACCUCCACGAAAGAAGUUUAAAGAUGGACUGACUGGGAUUUUGUCACCUCCACGAAAGAAAUUUAAGAUGUACUGAAAAUCUCCGCCACCUUCCCAGGAAAGAAGUAAAUGGAUUGAACAUACUUACUGUAAAUGUUCAAGACUAAAGUGUGAUUUAUAUCCGUCAGUUUGCUAUAAGAAAUAGUAAACAUAUAUAUUUAAAAUGUUUGGACCUGUUAAUUCCGCCUGGCUCUUUUUCCACAUGGAUAAUAUUGUUUCAUGCUAAGGCAUAUC